UUUUGACGUCUGCAAUUUUUUUCUUCCGGUUCUCAAAAAAUAAAAACGUGAAAAAGGAGCGGCGACAGCGUCGAUUCUCGAAGGUCAAAGCGGAGGGCCAUGGCUCGCGGGCAGCAGAAGAUCCAGUCCCAGCAGAAGAACGCCAAGAAGGCGGCGGACAAGAAGAAGGGUCAGGGCGCCGACCAGAAAACUGCAGCCAAGGUCGCCCUCGUCCACACGUGCCCCGUCUGCCGGACACAGAUGCCCGACCCAAAAACCUUCAAGCAGCACUUUGAGAGCAAACAUCCCAAGUCCCCCAUGCCUCCUGAGCUGGCUGACGUCCAGGCCUGAAGGACCCCGGCCACUGAAACCUGGGAACGAGGUGGCCACGGAGAAACGCUUCACGGUACCAGAAGGAUGUGGACCAACACCAGCAGCCUCUUUAGAUUAUUUUUGUUUUUGUUGUGUACAGAUAGAAGUUUUCUAAAAGGUUGUCUCUACUAAAAAUACAACUAAUUAAAAUGUUAAAAUCCACUGAACCUUUCCAGCUGCCUCAUGCACCUCGCAACAGUUUCAAGAAACGCAUCACAAAAACUAAUUUAGCUUUCCCUGUCCUUUUUUAAACAUUUUCAAUAAAGCAAUUUAUUUAACCCGAAUUUGUUCGUUUCUACAAACGUUA